CCCGAGAUAAAUAAGAACCAGGAAGCCCAGCUCUGACGUAGCCGCAGUCACAAAACCAUUCCCAGCUCCCCCAAGACCCCACUGUGACUGCGGAGCUGCUGAGGGGCACACCAGGAACAGGGACACCUCCUGGGGACCAGGGGACAUUAUUCUAUGAGCUGCUGCCCUGGGAGGACCUGCUUCAGGGGAUGGAUCCAAGGGGAGCAUGAGAUGCCAAGACACCGACAUUGAUCCGAUUGAAAGCUCCUGCCUGCUGCCUCUUCAAAACUAACACCAAGGACCACAUCCCACCUCCUGCACAGCAUCCACCCAUGGAGGCGAAUGCCACAUCCCCACCUCCUACAUCACUUAUACCGGAGACUGAUGGAGACAACCCGUGCAGGAUAGACAUCACUGAUGUGGCUAUGGACACUGUCACACUGCUCAUCUGCCUCUGUGGGCUGGUGGGGAAUGGGGCUGUGCUCUGGCUCCUCGGCUUCCGCAUACCCAAGAACCCCAUCACCACCUACAUCCUCAACCUGGCCGUGGCUGACUUCACCUUCCUCCUCUUUAUGGUCACCUCAGUCCUCCUUUACAUGAUAGAGAACAUCUUCUGCUUCAGUUUUGUGUCCUUAACGUACCAGAGGCUCCUUUUGCUGCUCUCGCUGUUCUCCUACAACACAAGCCUGUAUCUCCUGACAGCCAUCAGCAUCGAGAGGUGCACGUCCAUCCUCUGCCCACCCUGGUACUGCUGCUGCCACCGCCCUCAGUGCUUGUCAGCCCUGGUGUGUGUCCUGCUCUGGGCCCUCUCCAUCGCUGUCCUUGCUGCAGUGACAUCUCUGUGCCUCUUCCACGAGGAUCAUCACUGCCGCAUGGCUCUCAUCUCCAUGUACGUCCUCAACUUCCUCAUCUUUGCCCCACUGAUGGUCAUUUCCAGCACAAUCCCAUUCAUUAAGGUCCAGUGUGGCUCCCUGCAGCACCAACCCAAGCAGCUCUACAUUGUUAUCUUCCUCUCCGUCCUCUUCUUUCUCAUCUUCGGGGCUCCCCUCAGCAUCUGGAGCUUCCUGCUGCAGUUUGGCUACAUGGUUGUGCCUUCCCAGGCUGUUUUCCUGCUCGCCUGCAUCAACAGCAGCAUCAACCCCUUCAUCUACUUCCUGGUGGGGAGCUGCCGGAGGCGCUGCUCCAUGGUGUCCCUGCAGGUCGCCUUCCGGAGGGUCUUUGAGGAGCCAGAAGACAACAUUGCCUUCAACAGGGACACAACGAUGAGCACGCUGGCCCCUGCCUAUUGAAGCCAUCCCAGCACCCUGCUUUGCGCCCCUGGGACAGCAGCUGAGGCUUUCCUAGAGCAACCAGAUAGAUAGAUAUUGGCAGCAUAUCAUCGUGCAGAAAAGGAGAGCAUCACCAAGGUCAAUGUGCAGAGGGAUGCUCUGCAGGGAGCAUCCAUUUUCUCCUCCCUUCCAUUACUUGCAUGGCAAAUGUGCCCUAGAGGACCAUGUUCCUGAAAAUCCCCUGCUUUUUGGGAUGAGCAUUGCCUUCGGGUAACACUGACUCAUGUACUUUGUGGGGGUAGAAACUGGUGUCCUAAGUGCAUCGCCCCAUCCUACCUUCACCAAGGGGGGGUCCAAUGCUCCUCACCAUGGUCUGCUGAGGUCCUACCGCCCUCCCUCCCUCCCUUCUGCCGGUACCUCCCUGUGCCUGACACCAGUAAACAGCAUCCUGCCUUCUCCCGGACACCAGUAAACAGCAUCCUGCCUUCUCCCGGACACCAGUAAACAGCAUCCUGCCUUCUCCCGGGCACCAGUAAACAGCAUCCUGCCUUCUCCCGGGCACCAGUAAACACCAUCCUCCCUUCUCCCGGGCACCAGUAAACAGCAUCCUGCCUUCUCCCGGACACCAGUAAACAGCAUCCUGCCUUCUCCCGGGCACCAGUAAACAGCAUCCUCCCUUCUCCCGGACACCAGUAAACAGCCUCCUGCCUUCUCCCGGACACCAGUAAACAGCAUCCUGCCUUCUCCCGGGCACCAGUAAACACCAUCCUGCCUUCUCCCGGACACCAGUAAACAGCAUCCUGCCUUCUCCCGGCUCCUGCUCCUGCCGGAUGAGGGUAGAGGGAGGGGAAUGUGCACACACGGCUUGUGAUCACCAGAGCAAAAAUGACACCAAGUGCCCACAGCUGGGACUGCAGCAGCACAACUGCCGAGGGAAGGAGUGCGGGGGGUUGGUGGUGUCCUCAGGCUGUUUUAUUACUGUCACAGCAAAUAUCUCCUCAAAUAUAUAUAUA